CCUGCAUCUUUCGUAUAGGAUUAUUACUGGACCCGCGCCUCGCGUACAGUUCAUGACAAUAAUACAUCUACUUUGUUUUCAUUGGCGUACACACAACCGAUAAAGUCUCAUAUCGGUCCUGGGAAUCUCAAGCUCAGCCAGACGCUGCAAAGGGAAAAAAAUCACUCACUUGGAGACACUUUCAUAUUAAAAUGCGGACACAAUGCCACAUAUCAGCUGUGGCCUCUAUCCCCAUCACUCUUCCUUCCAAUGUCGCACUGGCCUUCCUUCAGACCUAUAUCCCAACCAUGACCCAGGUUCCCGACUUUGUCAAUUUCUACGAAAUCCCUGCCGUCCCUACGCUCAUUUCCGAUGAUCCAUUCUUCGGGCCUUGGGAUGAGUCUGUACGUGCAUAUACCGUCGAUGAACUCAUCCAUCUCACCCCCGGCCUCACCAGGGUUACCAGAUGGCCCGCAGUCUAUCAGAGCGCUCCUGAUGGUAUUCGAGUUCGUGCUAGCACUGCCGCUGGCGUAAUUUCCUGGACAAAGUGGACCGUUCGUCGGCGCCAAGAUGAUAUGUCCCCUGCAGGCUCUGAUAGCGCCUCUAGCUCAACAACCUACGUCGCAGAGCAGUGGGAGCUCCACGCAGACCUCACCAUUGAGGCUAAUAGGCUUUUAAUGCCAUUUGUUUCAUGGUAUGCUCCUAAGGUUAUAACCCAGCUUUGUCAAGCGGUUAUAGACGAAUUAGUUCGGAGUUACUUUAAAAGCCCAGUUUAAGAAUUACAGUAGUGACACUAGGAUAAAUCGCAUAGAAAUAUUAGUAGAAUAGAAUUGAGUAUACCUCAUAGCUUCCG